GCAACUUUUUCUGUGUGAACGCCUCUCCAGUUAAGCGUUAUUGAUGCUUUCGGGCUUCCGUAGAUAUGUCCGGAAGACGCACAGGGUAGCAUAGUGGUAGCCCAGCAUUUUUGAGACGUCCGCUUAUGCAAGGACAAUGACGACCUGUGUCGACCACUGCUCCAUUUUUGACCUGUGCUCAAAUGGUGAUGCUUUCAUCGGGCUGAGGGAAGUGAAGCCCACCCUGAAACAGGCUGCUAACACUGACCCAGCCUCGGACGAGGUGGAAGAUAAAUCCCCAGAGGAUGACGAGCAGCGGGAGUCCAGCCUGGUCAGAGAGGUGUCAGACAAGAUGGUCUGCUCAGCCUGCAGAUGCUCCUUUAAUAAUCGUGAGGAACAGAUGGAGCACUACAAGCUCGACUGGCAUCGCUUCAACUUGAGGCAAAAGAUGCUGGGAAUGCCACCAGUCACAGCUGAGGAGUUUGAGAGGAAGACAGGAGCUGGAGACAUGUCAAGCAUCUCAGGCUCAGAGUCUGAUUCAGAGGAAGAAGACUCUGACAGUGAUGGUUGGGGAACAAGCAACAACGUCACCAGCACAGAUAAUGAGAACCCAGUUGAAACCAGGUUAAUUACUGGCCGGCCCUCCAGCAAGGUCGUUUUCCAGAACUCAGCAGGACAGUAUCUCUCAGUGUACCGCUGCAUUCUGCAAGGCAAGUCAGAUGAUGAGCCAGCAGGAUCCUCCCUGAAGGCCAUAAGUAAGAAGACUGUGUGGGUCAUUAUCAUGACAGGUGGAGGCCACUUUGCGGGCGCUGUAUUCCAAGGAAAAGAAGUCCUCCAGCACAAGACUUUCCACCGCUACACAGUGCGAGCGAAGAGAGGCACCGCUCAAGGACUCAGAGACUCUCAGAACCGCAGUCACACGCCCAAGUCUGCAGGAGCUGCUCUGAGGCGGCACAAUGAGGCAGCACUAGUCAAGGACGUUCAGGAUCUCCUGGUAAGCUGGGCUGACCACUUGAAGGAGGCCUCUGCAAUAUUUGUACGAGCCCCCAGCUACAAUAAAACCAUCUUUUUUGGCGGUCGUGCAGCCCCGCUUGACAAAAAAGAUCCAAGGAUCCGCACGCUUCCAUUUGCCACACGCAGGGCAACCUUUCGAGAGGCGCAGAGGGUACAUGAGGUGCUUUCCACCGUCUAUAUCUAUGGGAAAGACACAGACAUGUCUGCAAUCUUCAGUCCAUCUAAGAGGGCGUGGAAGAAAUCUGUCAAACCUGCAGCACAAAUAAACACAGAUCAGGAGAAAGCAGAAGAAAAUCAUGAUAACUCAGAUACAGAAGAGGAUGGAGAGAUCCAGCUGGAGAUGGUGGAGCUGACAUUAGGAACUCUGGACCUCAGGGAGUCUGAAAUCUGUCCCUCCAGGCACAGGAGAAGGAGGAGAAGAAAGAAGGAGGAAACUAAAAUACAUACCGAGGAAUUGAGUAACACAGUGGCAGACAAUCAAGAGGAGGAGGUGCCAGAGGCUACACCAGCAGGAGUCACCCCUCAAGAAACACAGUCAAAGAAGAGGAAGAGGAAAGCACAGAGUAAGAAACAACAAGAAGAAAUUGUUGAUGAGUCCUGGGAGUAUGGCCUGAGGGAUGCCCUGUUCACAGCCUGCAAGGUUGGGGAUGUGGAUGCUGUAUGCAGACUCCUCCAGCUACCUGGAGAAACGGUAGAGAGUGGAGAACGGUCGGAGAGCGACCCAUCUGUUGUCCCAAGUCCUCUAACUCUCCUUAACAAGCCCAUAGACUCGUCUGGGUUCACUUUGCUGCAUGUUGCCUCUGCAGCUGCACAAAAGGCAGUGGUCAGGCUGCUCCUGGAUGCAGGAGCAGACCCAGCCUGCAGGGAUAACAAAGGUCAGACCUCGUAUAUUGUGGCCCCUGACAAAGACACAAGGAAUGUCUUUCGUAAAUACAUGGGUGAGAAUCCUGACAAAUACGACUACAGCAAGGCGCAGGUCCCUGGACCACUUACGGCAGAGAUUGAAUCCAAACAGCAGGAGAAGAAAAAGGCACAAAAGGCGUUGAGAAAACAGCGAGAAAAAGAGCAGAAGGAAGAAAAGAGGAAGCAAGAGCUGGAGGCAGAGGAAAAGAAGAGGUUUGCAUCUCUGACUGACCGUGAAAAGAGAGCUCUGGCAGCAGAGAGGAGGUUAGCAGAGCAAGUGGCUGCAACAGGAGGCAGCCUCUCUAAUGUCAAGCGGUGUUGGUCAUGUGGAGAGUCACUGCUUGGCAAGAUCCCAUUUCAGUACCUGGAUUAUUCGUUCUGCACCCCUCGCUGUGUCCAAGCACAUCGAAAAGCCAACGCUCUUCCGGGCAAGACCUAAACAACAUUAUACUUGGAAGGAAGCUACCUCAUCAAAACUAAAAGUGAAUUCUUGCAGCCUUGUUAGGAGUCUAAUACGGUUGUGUCUGGGCGAUCAAUAAUUGAUUCUAUUUUCAAAUCUACACUUCAAAUAUGGUUUUAUAAUGGGAGAUGAUUGAUGAUGAACUGGGUGUAUAUACUGAAAAUAAUAAUUAUUUACAGUCUCUGCAGUUAUGGAAAAGGUAAAAAAACAAACACACAAAUGCAAUAAAAAAAACUUUA